AUGGUAUCGCUAAAGUUGGUGUCUCUAAAGUUGGUGUCUCCAAAGUUCGUGUCUCCAAAGUUCGUGUCUCCAAAGUUUGUGUCUCCAACCCCAGUUGUCCAUUACAAGAUGCACAAACUUUUCAACGAGCACUGUCGAACUACGACCUCCUGUACUCGCCGCCAAUUUGAACAAGCCUCCAUGAACCCUCUAGUUCCAGCAGCCCGAAAGUUGCACUGCAUCGACAUCACAGAUACGGGUCGACAAGUCCUGGCAAUGUACCGCACAAUGGAAGAAAUUCAGGCCAACACCGAGGUCUGGUCGCAGUACAAGGACAGACUCGUCUACCAGAGCUGUGGUCCACAACCCAGCAGUCAUCUAGAGCCUUGUCAACCUGGAGCAAACUUUAACUUUGAUGGAUUUGCUGUUAGAUAUUUCAAAUCAGGAAUUCGAAAUAGACAGCUGAAUGUCUGCUGA